AUGCUGAGAUCAUUAUUCAAGAUCAUUCGGCCGCUCUUUGGUUGGAUUUUCGGAAUAACCAUCCUGUGGACGUCACUCUUUGGUGCCUACAUCAUCUCCAUUUUUGUGUUCCUCAUCCUCCUCGGCAAACACGCAACAUGGCGGUCGCUCAUGGAUCGUUCAGUCAGCUUCUGGAUGAUGGUUCCAAUUGGAUUUCUUGAGUUGAUUUUUGGGAUGAAAGUGCGAGUGUCUGGAGACGAGAUCGAGUACGAUAAGCCUGCACUGAUAAUAAUGAACCACAGGACAAGGUUAGACUGGAUGUAUAUGUGGUCGGCUUUGUAUCAGAUGAAUCCCUGGCUCAUCACAUCUAACAAGAUCUCUCUCAAAGCCCAACUGCAGAAUCUUCCAGGAGCUGGUUUUGGCAUGUCCGCGUCGCAUUUUCUUUUUCUACAACGGAACAUGGAAAAAGAUGCAGUCACAUUUGAUACUGCUAUAGACUACUACAAGAGCAUGAAUAACAACUAUCAGCUACUGCUCUUUCCCGAGGGAACCGACAAAUCUCCGUGGACAACCACAAAAAGUUUGGAGUAUGCAAAAAAGAACGGUCUCAAGCAGUUGAAACAUCUCCUGUAUCCCCGUGUUGCUGGUUUCUACCAUCUUUUGACAAAAAUGAGAGAAGCAAAUUUCGUUACCUACAUCUACGAUAUCACAAUCGCGUAUCCCCACAACAUUGUACAGUCCGAGAUAGACCUUGUGCUGAAAGGCGAUGCUCCGCGUGAAGUGCACUUCCACGUCAAAAAGAUCUCAGUGAACGACGUUCCAAGGAAUGAACCGGAUUGCGGGCGAUGGCUGAAUGAACUAUGGUUACAAAAAGAAGCUUGUCUGGAAGGGUAUUACUCGGAACCGAAGCCAUGCAAUCGAAGAUUUCCAAUUGAGAAAGGCCAGAGAGUUUGGAAAAAUACUCAUGAGCCGGCAAAGGUUGCGAUCGUGAAGCGGUUUAGCUUCUGCUUCUGGGUGUUUGUCGUCUCGGUGGUAGCAUAUCACUUGUUGUUCUUGAGACCACUACAGCUUCUCAUCCUGUACUUCAUAAUCUGUUUCUUCAUUAUAAAGUUCCUGUACGGUACUUUGGACCAAUUUGUCAUCUAUCGAUGGAGGCAGUCGUUGAAAUCCUGA